AAAUGUGGAAAAAGUCAAGGGGUCUUUAUACUUUCCAAAUGUACUGUGUUUGUGGUAAAGGGCUGCUUGACUUUCCCUGUUCUUGCUCUCUUGCAGGCAUGCACACGCGCGCGCGCACACACACACACACACACACACAACCCUCCAGACCCUGUGGGAAUGGCAGUGUGGUGUCCUUGCAUGGGCGGUGUUUAUAGGAUGUUAUCUGUCUCAGUGCCUGCCCCUCAUCCCUCUGAAUGGGUUCCUGUUGGAAUGCUCGGAGGGGAUGGAGGAGUUCCAACGGGGGAGUGAUGAGAGAGAGAAAGAGAGAGAGAGAGAGAGAGAGAGAGAGAGAGAGAGAGAGAGAGAGAGAGAGAGAGAGAGAGAGAGAGAGAGAGAGAGAGAGACUACAUAUACAUCCCAUCACUAGGAGGCUGGUGUUCAGAGGCACAGUUGGUUAACUGGACUGCACCCACCUGUAUACUUUAUUGGACCAUCAGAGGGGAAGGCUUCAUAUAUCCCAAACCAGGAAAAUUUCUCAACAGUAACAUAUUUCAAGAUCCUUUGAAGACCUAGUUGGACGUUAGUCUGUGACAGAGCCCUCAAAAUGACCAGUGUGGCAGAAAUGAUCGUGCAGAACAAGGACAAGAUCGAGAAGGCGGUGGAGAUCAUGGGACAGGCCUCUGCGAUCCUGGCAGCCACUGUGGGCCAGCUCCAUCCCAUCCUGGAGGCUGUAUUCUUAGUAUCCAGUGCGAUCUUCAGCAACCCAGAAGGUGAGGAUGCCCGCUAUCUGACUAAUCAGUUCAGCAUGGUCAACCAAAAACUGAAAGGCAUCCAGGCUGAGAACAACCAAAUCGCUGUGGAGCUAGAGCAUAUCUCCAUGAAUAAGCAGAACUUUGACCGUGAGGCUAAAAUUCUCAGCCAGCAUGAGAAGUACCAGGACUUUGUCAACGCCAAACCCGAGUCAAAAGAGAAGAAGAUGGAGAAGUUCCUCAGCCAUUAUGAGAACACAGACGCAGACUUGAACCUGGACGCCCUCUACAAUGAUCUUACUGGGGACAAUAUCUCAGGUAAGCCCAUGCUGGUUUCCACAGAACAAUGGAGUAGAAAGGCGGUAGAAGAGCACUGUGCCAGGCUUAAGAAGCUCUUUGUGGCGGGCAUCAUUGCUGUCAAUGGUUACGCCAGCCUCAAGAAAGGAUUUAUGGUGGAUGAGAUGAAGAAGAAGUGGCUGGAGCGUUGGGAAGAUGUUGAGAACCGCAUAAAAGCAGUGUUGGAUGAUUACACUGUAAAUUUACACAAAAGAGCCAAAAAGGAUAUGGACGACCAGCUUAAGGACAAACCUAGCAGUGUUGACCUUGACUUCACUGAAUCGAUAUUGAAAACCCUUAAAGAGAAAUAUUACUGGGUGAGCUGGUCUGUCAGGGUCUUCAAUGACAAGGAGCGCAUGUUCUGUUUCAACUGGCUAGUUGGAAAGAGGUACCAUGGCAGUGAGGGAGGAGCUAAUUACUUUGAAGUGAUGACCCAGAACAACAUCAAAGUGGUGAUCUCUUUCAGUGUUCAGCCUAAGCCUAUCGACAAGGUUCAGAUCCAGCAAGAGAUUGAGGGGCAGAAGCUGAAGAGGAACAUGAUGGAUGUGGCUCAGGUCCUCAGCAGAAGUCUCCCCAACUACCAGGUGCAUGCUGUCAGCUACUAUAAGAAAGUGGUGGAGUCCAACAACUUCCCAAAGGAUUGUUUCUACUAUGGAAAACACCAAAACGUGCACCUAUACAUUCAUGCUGUUUAGGCUUUUGUUUCACAGGGCAAUGGAAAAUAGAGUAGUUAUAAUGAUUAAAACUACAAAUAAAAUCAUUAAGUUUAGGUGUUUUUAUUGAUAUCUAAAACAUAGCUGAUGGUUUAGCUGGUGAUUGUGUAUCUGUAUAAGAAUGUAUAUGAGUCAUUUUAUAUCAGGCUGUGGGUAUCUACUGAACAGUGACAAAGUAUGAGAAUGUGAUACUUCCUUCAACUAAAGAGAAAAGUAAGAUACCUUAUUUUACCUGCAUUCCAGUAUUUCAUUAUGACCAUACUGUAAAUUAGCACACCAGCCAGCGUAAUAAGGUGUACUGAGGACCUAAUCAAGCUUAUUUUGAAAUUGCAGUUUAUAGAUUCACCACAUUGUGCAGAUCUAAAGCAAAGACUAUUAAAAGAGCCUUAAAACAUUA